CCGUGGAUACUGGCGACAGGCUUGCGAGGAAAGAGAAAAAACCGUAUGGGGGAAGGAUUUUGAGAGCUGUGCCGAACCUCACAGGGAAUCUCACCCGGGAUGUGCUCUAGGUCAGUAGGGUCUUAGCACUCGCCCCUCCUGCGUUAAUGUGCCGGAGCUGUGUGACAAAAUGCCACAGGCCGCGUGUCGGAAACAACAGAAAUGUAUUUUCUCCCAGUUCUAAAGGCUGGAAGUCCGGCAUCAGGAUGUUAACAGCUUUGGUUUCUUCCUAAUCCUCUCUCCUUAGCUUGGAUGGUCACCCCUCUGUGUUGUCUGUGUCCCGAUCCCCUCUUAUAAGGACAGGAGUGCUGUCGGGUCAGGGCCCACCCGUACGUCCUCAUUUUACCUUAACUGCCUUUUUAAAGGCCCUGCCUCCAACUGCAGUCACAGUGUGAGGUCCUGGGGGUCAGGACUUCUACCUAUGAAUUUGGGGGGGGGGUGCAAAUUCAGCUCACUUCUGGAGACUCAGAUGGAUGUAUCACAUAUCCUGUUGACACAGUUUGGAGAAUCCCCAGCAGUGCAUCUCCCAGAGGAUUAUAGCACAGCUGCUUCAAAGUCGGCGUUAGCAGGUUUCUCCUGCCCAUGAAAGCUAGGAUUUACUCUUCAUUUGACCAUUAGGUGUUUUAAGCUAUUUCUGCCAGUUAAUUUAAACUUCCUAGGUCUCUUGCUAAUGGAAAAAUGCACAUCUUCGUAGCUAACAGAAGCAUUUUAAGGAAAGGAUGUUGCCUCUCCCCCGGGGGCUGCUGAGGGAGAGAGAGCCUGGACGUUGCGGAACAAUCAGUCUGGUUAAAUGAAGAGUUAGUUCUCCCGUGAGGUGUGCAACCUGGGAGAGAGUGAUUCAGAGUCUCACUGUGUUCCUGUUCUGUUCUCUGUUACAAUAGCACUUCCAAGGACAAAGCUGUAUUCACAAAGGGGGACUGUUAAAUUCCUAAAGCUUGAAACAUUGUUGCCCUGUCUUGAUCAUUUCUUGCCCUGGAGAUAGCCAUGGAAAGUCCUAUUUCUGGAUUCCCGCAGUUACAACAUUAGAAAUCUUCCCGGAAGCAGUGUGAGGAAGGCAGAAGCCGCCGCCCUCCCUGGCCUGGCGAAGCCACCCGCCACCAUGCCCAAGAGAAAGGCAAAAGGCGAUGCUAAAGGUGACAAAGCCAAGGUGAAGGGUGAGCCGCAGAGGAGAUCUGCGCGGCUGUCUGCCAAACCCGCUCCCCCAAAACCGGAAGCCAGGCCUCCAAAGGCCGCUGCCAGGAAGGCCGAGAAGCGGCCCAAGGCGAGAAAGGGGAAAGCAGAGGGCGACAGGGUUGGGGACAAGGCCGGGGACAAGGCCGGGAAGAACCCGGACGCUUCCACGGCCCCGUCACAGAAAGCAGAAGGCGGUGGGGACGCCAAAUGAAAUGUACUUUUUUCAUAACUCAACUUCUAGUGACUCUGCUGUUCGAGAUACUGUCUGUCUUCAGUCAUCUUUUAUAAAAGCGUAGAACUUGGGCUCUGAUUUCCAACUUCCGCCGUUGGCAUACAAGACGCCAUUGUUGUUGUCCCCUGUGGAAAGCGCAAAUCCCGCUGACAGGAUGUCUCCGGGGCCCGAUUGAAAUGGGGGGAGAUGGCGCCGCGUGUCCUCCCUGUUGAAGAUUAUUCUCGGUUCCCGGGAGGGGUCUCCUGUCAGCCCCCCCGGGCUCAGAAGCCUUCCGGCAUGGAGAAGCAAAACCUCAUGGCUUCUCUCCUGAGGCGAGCAGCAUACACUGGCCUUCCUGGAAUAGUCAUGACGCGGCCUUGGCACCCCCAGCCUCCUGUCGGGUGAUCGCACUCAGGCCUUCCGGCCGUAACAGCAAGAUGGCGUUGCCCCAAAGAGCCGGAUCCCUGUGUGUAGUUGGCGGGCGAUCCCAGUGGCCAUCCUGGACUUUUUAGCUCCUCUCCCCCACGUCAGAGUUGACCCGUGAAAAGAUCUCACGUACCUCAUGCGAAAUAUCCACGCCUCCCGAGAACGUCACCUUUUCAGAAGAGCAACAGAAGACUGUUGACUUGGGGGGGGGGGCGGGGGGGGGGAGUUUGAAUGUUGUCGGGUGUUGUGUGGAUCGAUUGUCACCCGUGUCCUCCUGGAAGUGGCUGGUCCUGAAAAGUACCUUAUAAAAGCUGAAUACGUCUUAGCCUGGUGGGAGGGGGAUCAUUUCCUACCCACAGCCCUAGAGAUGUUCUUUACUGCACCUUAAACAUGGUUUUACGUUUCACACUUGUCCGCAGUCUUCUCUGCACUGAUCGGCGUGCAAAGUACGAGAUAGAAG